AUGGUGAGUACCGAUAGUACUGCAACUUCUGGGGAAAUUUUUAAUCCCCCUUCAUGGAAACCAAUUACAGGUGACUCUAAUAAGGAAAAAUAUAAAUAUGAGAAGGGAGAAUCAAGCAGUAAGAGAAAAUGUGAUAAUAAUGUUAUUAUCAGUCAUUCAAAAGUGGUUGUUAUUGAAUCGGAUACCAGCGAUAAAGUUUUCAACUUAGAACUUCAGUCUCAAGAGCACAAGCACAGAAUGAAAACUGAUGUUAACGAUACUGAUAAGAAUAGCGACACAGAUGAUGAUGUCAUCGACGACGACAAUACUGGUAAGUCUCAUAAUAAUAACGAUGAAGAUGAUGAAGAUGAUGAUGAUGACGACGACGAUGAUAAUAGUAAUUUUAGGUCUGAUUGUAAUUAUGAUAAUUGCAAUUCAAAGAAGUAA